ACCCUAAAAGUUGGUCAUUAUCAUUCGAAGAAGAAAAACAGAAUUGACUCGGUAGUUGGUGAAAUGUAAACUAAGACUUUCCGUGAAGUUUUUAUCUCGGAACCCACGAUGGCGUACGUCAACAAGGAAGAGGAACCCGUUUCCUUGCUCUCGGUCCAGUCAAUGGAUUAUUGGGAUUACUCUCUCGAACUCGAGUGUCUUCGAGGUCCAGAAGACUUGCAGCUAGCAGCUGAGCUCGGAAAAACCUUGCUAGAAAGAAACAAGGAACUAGAAAAUAGUUUGCGGCAGCAUCAAUGUAUCAUCGAAGACAGAACGCAAGAAAUCGAGUAUUUGACCAAGCAGACAGCAGCGUUACGUGAAGUAAAUGAAUCAAGACUACGAAUUUAUGAGCAGCUAGAAAUUAGUAUCCAAGACUUGGAAAGAACCAAUCAUAGACUUGUAAUCGACAGUGCCAGUGACAAGAAACAAAUCAAAAGUUUACUUGCAAAUAUUGAAGCUCUGGAAUUAAGAUGCGAAGAGCUGCAACGAGCGUUAGAUGAAAUAACUGUCGAAGUUGAAAGAGAGAAAAUCAAAUCCAAGAGACUGUCUGCUUGCAGCCCAAUUGAGACAGAAUUACCUCCCAUCGAUGCGACCAGCGAAGAACUCAAUGACUUAUUGAAGGAUAAUCAGAUGCUGAAAACGAAGAACGCAAAAUGUGAACGGAAAAUUGUUGAGCUUCAACAAAAAAUCAGCUGUCUUCUCGAGGAAAACGAAGCAUUAAAUGAAGAUUCCAACAAACUUCUGCAGAGAGACGAGUACAUUAGGCGUCUUCAAGAAGAAGUCUCAACCUUGGAACAAAUUAGGCAAGGAAAGUUGUGCCAGUUGUGCUUGCAGAAUACAGACAAUAAAUUCCGGCUGACGGCUGAAGAUGAUGAUGAAAGCAUCGCCGAUUCACUGUUACUUGAUGAAAAACAAGAUGCCUUCUUAAAAAUUCAAAAUGAAGUAGUCGAAAGUUCUGAGAAGCAGAAUGAACAUUACAGGGACUUGGUGGAAAAAUACAACGCUGUCAUUGAAGCGCAAAGGCCGCCCCCUCAUCUGGGUCUUUCUCUUCAGGAAGAACUCCAACUCUCUGGUGAUUUUAAUAGCUUCAACAAAGUUCAAGAUGACAGCGACAGUGAAACUGAUAAGCCCCAGCGGAAAGAGCCGAGGAAAAAGGAAUUCGACAUCACCAGUAAAGCAGCGUUCUCUUCCACACCGACAGAUUUCUCCGAGGCCGAGACUUCAUCCUCUGGUUUCUCUGAUGAGACCAGCAACAAAGGAACCCAAACGGACACUCACUUCCCGCCAGGUUCCCUAUUAUGUGCCAUUUUUGAUGGUGAUAGAUAUAGUCUGUACGAUGAUACUAGUCCAUUAGAAAAGCGGUUCCGAAGGAUCCCGAAAUAUAAACAAUUGUUCCAAGAAAUCUUUGAGGUUCUGAGUCGUGCAUCAGCUGCCAAAGAUGAGGGCGAAAAAUUACCAUUGAUGCAUGAUGCGACCCCUGUCUGUGAAAACCUACCUAAAGUUCCUCCAGUUACCCCCGCUCAAGAAGAAUUACCCCUUCAUCUCAUCACCGCUGCUAGCGAUAAUGUCUCGGUCAUCUCCGAGGAGCUCUCGGAAACCAGCGGAAGCCCCCGGGACGAAACGAAAACUCUCACCAAAACCGCCGCCAAGAAGUUGAAGAAACAGGCGAAGCAAGCUGCCAAGCAAGAUUUAGCAAAGGCGGCUGAAGCUGUAUUGAGUGAACAAGAUUUCUCCAAGAAAACUCCGGAAGAGCAGUCCGAGCACGGAAGCAAGAAGAAAUCUCACGGAAGGAAGAAGUCAAGAGAAAUUGGAGGCUCAAGUCAGCCAUCGAGUCCGUUCCCAACUGCACCAUCGUCUCCAGCUUUAGUACCCAAAGGGUCCCCGGCCAAAGUUACCAGAAGACGGCGAUUCGAGAAGGGAGUGACUGACAGCCCUGUCCGAUCGGCUGAACGGUCCUCAUGGUGCGUGCCCAACGAUAGAGAUCUAAGCAGGAGGAUCAGCCAAGAGGGGAGUAACGAUUCACCCAAACACUCGCUCUACAAGCGGAAACAAAUGUCAGUUCACGAUUUCCUUCCCUACUCCAGUUCCGCCGCGCAAGAAGUGGCCAAACUGAAAAUCUUAGAAAAAUCAUACGCUGAUGUCUUGAAGCUCGGGAUGCAAAAAGCUGCUGCCAGUCGAACAAACAGUUAUCAGCGCAAGUAAAAUUACCAAUUCAAUUGAUGCCAAAAUGAUCAUUAACUCGCUGAACCUCCAAAUUUCUAUCCGAAUGCACUCCCAAAAUCGAGUUCUUCAAUGUGUCAUGUCAACUUUUUUUACAAUUUUGAGCUGUGUAUCACAAUUGUACCAUUCCAAUAUUCUCUUCCAUUAUUUUCUAUUACAGCGUGAAUUUGAAGGUGUAUAAAAGUUACAUUAAUUUUGAGUAUUUUGGUUUUCCUUUUUUUCUUUAAAGUAUCUUUUAGUUUCUUCUUUACAUACGGCUGGCUGUUCCAUGUAAUAACUUACUUAAAUAGUCAAGAUUUAGUAGAACAUAACCACGAGUCUGGUGGCAAAAUCAAAUGUCUCUGUUUAAAAAGCAAGACUCACUUAAACUCUUCUUGUUUUUUACGAAUUUAUUCAUGUGUGAAUUUCUGUUCUUAAACCAAGCAAAAAUAAGAAGCCCACUAUGUUCCAAGCAAGCUUCGCAUUACAAAUUAAUCAUGCCUGCCUUUUAAGUGAUUUUUUUUAUUUAUUCAAAUUUUUAGUUUUAUUGUUUUUUGGGAAUGCUGUGAGUUUCCAUCUCUCUAGACUUUUACUAGUAGUAGGAAGAUCUGCGUCAAAAAUUAUUUUCAGGCAAGUAAAUAGAGUCAUGUUACUUAUUUACGAGAGCAAGGUUUUAGUCACCUUAAAGCAGCAUCAAAAGUUUUUUCUUGUGUUCUUGUAUCAUAUUAUUUUUUAAUUUGAUCAUUUAUUUUUUCCCCUUUUGUACUGAUCUUGGCAAGAGAUAAUCAAAGAUUGUAAUUUUAUUUUUUUGAUAAGAAUCAUCGUUUUGUUUGUUGCUCUAGCGAGGGUAAUUUUUCUUUGUCAGCCAUUAUCGGAUUCUUCAUUUUCGCUAGCACAAGUUGUAAUUCGUUUCUUUUUUUACCUCGCUUAGGACCUUUUUACAAAGUUGUGUGUCGUUUUUCCCCUGAUUUAAUUUAUUUAUUUAUUUUUUUUUAUUUUUGAUGAAUGCAUGAUUUCAACCCUGUUUGCCAUAUAGUAUUGGAUAUGUAAGUACCUCUAAAAUCAUUGCCUUUAAUUUUAUUUUAAGUAUUUAUUUUAAAUAUGUGUAACUGAAAUUAUCCAUGCAUAUACAUGCUCUCAUUUAUAUGUAUAUAAUUUUAAAAAUUGAGUUGUUUUUGUUUUUUUAAAAGAAAAAAUGGCUGAGCAAAUUGAUUGCAAAUAAAGGAACUGUUUUAAGUUGA